AAGUAAAUCCCGGGCUCUUUGAGACCCGGAAGCAGUUCGCAGUUAUUUUGGGCGUGCACUGGAAAGCUGGUGUUGUCCUGUGAACGUUGAAAUGUACAUGUUGUUCAGCUCUGAUACAGCAGCUGUAUUUAUGAAGGAUUUACACUAUAAGGUGAGUGUGUGUGCAUGAGUACAGAGUGUAAAACUGCUCUGGUGUUUAUUAGCUUUUAGCUUAGCUUCCUCCAAGGUCCCCCUGCAUGUCCUCUACAUGAUGUCUCUGUUAUAAUCCUCAUUUGUAUGUACCAUGUGUGUUCAUAUUGGUCUUGAAAAUGUAAUAUUGAGGUAUAGAUUUGAUAGUUAUUUUUAACAGUGAUAUAUUAGAUUCAACAGAAGGUGAUAAAUGUAUGUAAAUAUAUGUUAUUAUAGCAGUUUAAGGUCAUAUUACUUAAAGGAGACUUCUAACUACUACAAGGGAGAUCAUAAAUGCUGUUUCUGACUUAAAGACAGAAUUAAAUAUACAAUCUAUCAGUGUUUUUAAAGCCAUUUUCAUGCUAUUUAUAGAUUUUUUUUACUGUCCACUUUAGUUAAAUCCCACUGUUCAAACAAUAACAUGGUUUAUUUUGAGUUUCCCUGUCAAUAGCCUGAGGGAGAAGAAAAUCAGCUUUCAGUUACAAACUUUAAGACUCAAGCAAAAAUGUGUCCCAUGAUCCAGAGCUGUACCUUCAAUUCAUGUAUAUCUUUUUUUUUUUUAUCCCUAAAUUCUUUAGACUUUUCCAGAAAACGAAUUAAAGGGAUAUUCCGGCGUAAAAUUAAGUUAGGGUCAAACACACCGUACUGACAUUGAUUCUCAGGGUUUCUUCUUGCAGCACUGACAGGACUCUAAGGCUGUGGAGAUAUGGUGGGCUAUGACCCCAGGGCUCAGGGUGCUGCCCUCGCCCCAGAGGAGGCGGCCCUGGCUGGGUCGGCUGCUGGGAUGGUGACUCGAGCCCUCAUCAGCCCCUUUGACGUGCUGAAAAUCAGAUUCCAGGUAAAGAUGUGGAUUUGCAAUCACUGUGCAUUCGUGCAGAUUUUGGAGGUGUCAUCUGCUUUUGCUCUUGAUAUCGUUUUAGAAGUUGAAAAUGCUGGUGACGGCGUUUGCUUCUUGUCCACUCAUCAUCAUAUCUCGUCCCUACAGCUGCAGAUUGAGCGUGUAUCAUCGAAGAAGCCUGAGGGGAAGUACUGGGGGUUAUUUCAGGCAUCCCGCUGCAUCCACUCAGAGGAGGGACUCUCUGCCUUCUGGAAAGGCCACAUCCCUGCACAGCUGCUCUCCAUCUGCUUCGGUGCUGUCCAGGUACCACCAACUUCACUGCACACUUAAAAGCACAGAACCUGCAUAACCCUGACUGAUCUAACCUUGUGGGUUUGCUCUGUAGUUUGCAAGUUUCGAGUUUCUGACUGAGGUGGUGCACAAGACAACGCCGUACGACAGCCAGACGGCAGGAGUUCACUUUGUGUGCGGUGGUCUGUCGGCCUGCUCAGCUACGGUGGUCUGCCAGCCUCUGGACACCCUGCGGACACGCUUUGCAGCCCAGGGAGAACCCAAGGUGAGACCUUCCAGCUCUGAAGCACCUACAGAAAAGAUUUCCUCCAGGUUUCAUGACUUAAUUUCAUCAUAGAGGGUAGGGGUAGAGCUCUUAUUGAAAUAAUGUUGGAUUUUUGCAGCUUAAGGCACUUAGACUAUUAAUGCAAACAGCAUGUAUUAAAAGAUAAGAAGCUCUUUAUCUCAUAUAGACUAAAACUUUAACAGAGGAGUAUUAGUAGUAGUAGGAACUAUUUUCAUUAAAUACUGAGAUUUUUAUCUGCUUACCUCAGAUAUACAGAAACCUGCGCCACGCUGUGUCCACCAUGUGUCGCUCAGAGGGCGUCUUGACGUUUUACCGCGGUCUGUCUCCCACUCUGUUGGCCGUGUUUCCUUACGCUGGGCUGCAGUUCUUCACCUACAACAUCUUUAAAAACCUUUUAGCUCCGUCGUCAGAAGCCGGGAAGUCUGGAGGUCAGUGGAGAUCAAACUCAGUGCAAAUAUGACACCACAUAUAUAUAUAUACAGGUUUAAGAGGUACAGCAGGUGAACUAAACUCACAGUAGCCUGUUUCAUCAGCUGUUUAAAGUGCAUCAGGAGUAAAGAGCAGUAAAACUGAAUUCACACCAUGAGAUUAACUUCAGUUCGUUUACAGGUAGACUGAUUGUGAUGCUGCAGAUAUAAGAUGUUUGAAUUCUUGUGAUGUUUUUGACUCUGCCGUCAGGGAAUCUAAGGAGUCUGAUUUGUGGCAGCGGAGCUGGAAUCAUCAGCAAAACAAUCACUUACCCCUUUGACCUCUUCAAAAAGAGGCUGCAGGUGGGCGGCUUCGAGGCAGCCAGAGCUCACUUUGGACAGGUAAGCUCGUCUCCCGCUCCUGUCGUGUUUUCAGAUCUCGUACUUUGUGUAAAAUCGGUUCUCUUGGUUUCUCCCCUGCAGGUGCGGAAGUAUCGGGGUCUGCUGGACUGCAUGCUUCAGAUCGCCAAAGAGGAGGGUCUCCGAGGUUUCUUCAAAGGCCUCUCGCCGAGCCUCGUGAAGGCCGCGCUGUCGACGGGCUUCACUUUUUUCUGGUAUGAGUUUUUCCUCAACGCCAUAAGCAACCUCAAAGAGCGACGGAAAUCAACAGACUUCACGAAAGAGACGCAGGAGAGAUAACAAAGAAGGAGGAACGGACGCUCCUCAGAAACAGACUUUAUUUCUUACACACAAACAUAUCAACCAGGUCAAUGUUGAGUGAUGGUUUCUGUCUCGUUUACACACCAUGAUGGGAAAAUAUGACCUCAUUUUUAUCGUGUAUGUGCUCUCUUUAUAUCACAUGUUUUAAAAGUAUUUAACGCUGAACUCUGGGUUUUAAGGUGUCGGUUUGUUUGCUUUUGAGGAUUAAAGUUUUUAUGUCCAAACUUAACUUUGCACAUUUGAAGCUCAGAUUUCCAUUCAUGAGUCGCAGUCGAUAACGCACAUUUCAUCAAACAGCUAAACUUGCUUUAACCGUACAAAUAAAUGUCAUAUUUAUUUUGUUAUCGUCAUUAUCCAGGAUUUUUUAUUUUAAAUAAAGUGUUUUUGUAAAGACUUGGACUUCUGUGCUCGUCUUUUGACCAGAUAAUGCAUGUAAGAUUGUGAACAACAUUACUUCCUGUCUGCGUUACUUUAUACUUUUUAAUCUGGCAGAAGUGUAUUAUGACUUUUCAAGGACUCACUCUGAAGUGUAGAGAAAACUAUUCAAAGACGACAACAAAGCUGUAAAAGAACCGUCUUCACAUGGGAUAGCACACUUUAAAGCUCCUGUAAGUAACUUCUUGUUUGUGUCAGUUAUGGCGCCCCCCUCUGGACAAACCUUACAAAUAUUUUCAGUCCUGUUUGGAUCGUUUUUUUUUUUUUAAUUACUGCAUAAAGAAAGAGGAUUGUUCAACAGUAACUACCGGUCAAAUUCUAGAUUAAGAGUCUCCCUUGCUCACUCCUC